AUGAUUGGCUUCACACAAUCUACGGUCGCACGGAUAGGCCUGUAUUAUGAGUGACGAAGGAAAGCGAGGAAAAAUGUGCCAGAAGACUUGAUUGAGCCUGAACUGUUGACAAUUGUGUUGGAGUUCCUAAGACGUCAUAAACACCAUCCAAAUGUCAACCAACACCUUUCGUAGACUUGGGGGAGGGGAUCCCUAAAGAGCACAGUUUGCCAAGCAGGGGCCCCCUUCAAAUGCAAAUUACAUACAGUAUGCAACAGUUAUGAACCACAUACUAUCUUUACCCUGAUCCUCGCUUGGAACAAACUUCUCUCAAGUGGAAAGCCGUGACCUUGCUCACUGUUUGAAAUGUGCAUGGGUUCAAAGCUCAACACCUUGCGUCACAAUAGAUCCAACAUGGACGACAGUCAACAACAGCAGCAGGAAGUGCAGCAACCGGAGCACCAACAGGAACAACAACAACAGCAGCAGCAACAGGUGAAACGGCAAGAGCAGCAGCAGCAAGACAAUCAACGGGCUGCCGAGAAGAUGCCACCCGAGAAGCAGCCUGUGCGCUCAUCUCCCGAGCGGGAGAAACCGUACAAUGACAAGAGGCACUCCCCCUUGGAGGCCGUCAAGGAAGCCCUGCUUCAGCUGCGCGUCAUGAAGGAAUAUGCCAACCUAGAGGCUAAGGCUAAGAUCAAACACAUCGCUGACUGCUUCUGGAAAGCGGAGGACCAGAGGGAGGAGAUUGCCAAUGUCUUUGCCAAGGAGAAAGGAGCCGAGCUUGUUGUCACCAUGCUGACAGCUUUGUCUAAAGAGGGCCUCUUCAAGAAUGACAGUGUCUGGUUCACCGCCUACUAUGUGUACAACACAGUGUGGAACCUGAGCGACGCCAGCCUAAUGUGCGCCCAGUGCCUUGGUGAAGCCGGUAUGGUGAAGUUGUGUGCCACUAAUAUAGCACACGGACCGUACAGAGAAAAUAUGAAACAGAAGAAUGUUGCCUUCCUCAUCAAGGCCUCCCUCAGCAUCCUGCACAACCUGUCCAAGGCCCCCAGCAACCGUCACUUCUAUCGACAGGAGAGGGUUGAAGCCAAGAUUCAGCCCUACACCCAGGGCUGUGACGACAACACCAACGAUGCCUACCUCAAGGCCAUCACCAUGAUGACACUAGCUUACAUCUUGGAGGAGGACGGGGAUAGAUCUCAGUCUGGUGACACCGGCAUCAAAGAAAACAGCGAUACCAUAAAUAUGACCACUGAGAAAUCUACCAUCGAGUACAUUGUAGGUCUACUCAAGGAUGCCCAACAGAGUAAAGACAGACGGAGUCAGGGUUUGUCGUGUGCUGAGCUGGCUCAGGGACUGGGACGACUUGCUGUCAAUGAUCACAACAAGAGCAGGAUUCUGCAAGUUGGUGCCCUGCCUCUCCUGACGGCCAUGCUGCAACAGGACAGUCUGGUCCAGGAGCAGGAGGCGGCCACCCAAGCCAUCUGGAACCUGGCCUUUGACAGCACGGUCCGCCAGCACCUUGCGGCGGACAAGACCUGCGUGGAUGCCUUGGAGAGGCUGACGCACAGCGAGGAGCAGUCCAUACGCACGGCCGCCAAGGGAGCACUGUGGGUCGGACGGAAGCAGGAACGUACCGCAAAGCCAUCAGUGACCAGCUCCACGACAUCUACAGUUUCAGCAUCAAGCAGAGCACCGGGCAGGAGUUGGUCUCGAGGGAGCAGCACAGGCAGCGGAAACUUACCUCACAUCAUGAUCAGCUAUCAGUGGGCAGCCCAGAAAAUUGUCCUCAAAGUUCGUGACUUACUUGUGAAUUCAGGUUACCGUGUCUGGGUAGACGUAGACUGCAUGUAUGGAUCCACGCUCCAAGCCAUGGCAGAAGCAGUGGAGAAUGCCGAAGUGUUUCUUCUGUGUAUAUCGGAACGGUAUAAGGAAAGUCCCAAUUGCCGCACAGAGGCAGAAUAUGCUUACCAGUGUCGUAAAUCCAUCAUUCCCUUAAUGAUGGACAAGUACUACCAACCUAACGGUUGGUUGGGCAUGAUCAUGGGCACCAAAUACUACAUUGAUUUCUCUGGACGUCACACGUUCUCCGAGCAAGCCCAGAAACUGUUGCGGGAGAUCUGUGACAUCGGCAGCGCGGCAUUACUCGAAGAGCCUGUCUUUGAGUGCGACGCCUCGGCAACCAUCCUGGAGAACCCCCGCAAUCACAUGGUCAGCCCAAGGCCUCAGACCCAGCCAAGUCCCCGCCAGCAAACGACCAGUCCCUUCCGUCGCCGUCACGUCUCGGCACCAGUGCAUCAGAUGCCGAGCCCCCUGCUGGAGUCACCUCCCAGCCCUACCCAGCCGGCUCACGUCCGGGAGUGGAGCAGGGACAAUGUACAGCAGUGGCUGGAGCAUUCUAACUUGUCCCACCUAAGACAAUCCUUCGAAGACUUUGACGGUUCGUUACUUGCCCAGCUCCAAACAGUCCGACAAGAAGCCCCUGAUUUCUUCUACUCCUCGCUGCGGCACGACCUGUGCAUCCAACACCUGGUGGACAUCCUCCGAUUGACAGAGGCCAUGGAUAAAAUCUUAUGACGAACUCGCCGAAGAUGGACAGGUAUUCACAUGUAACACAUAUUACACCCAUUGCUUUAAAUGUAGCAUUGUUCAGAAUCCUGCCCUGCUGUGCUGUGUUUGUGCAUCAAUCAACAGGCAGGCAGUCGCGUUCUGCUGUCAGCUCUGCGCGUGGGUUAGUCCUCCACAUCUCAGGCAAACAAGAUACUUUAUUGCCAUGUUAAGAUACGUGCCUACAUGUACAUUGGGGUCAGCGACCCAUGAAGACAAUAACAGAAGAUCACAUCCAAGCACAGGGCUGGACUUGUACGCACCGACUAUUUUCUACUUAAAUCCUUUCACUGUGGGACUCCUUAACCCCUACAUGCUAGACACGCCGUAAAAAUUGAGAUCCUCAGCCCGCUUCAGCGAACACGGUAAAAGAAGGCAGACCCUGGCUCUUGU